AUGGAACACAACAAGAAGAAGUGGGUGGAGGAGAACAAAGAGGAGCGGGAGGAUGAGGAGGUGGAGGAGAAGAAGAAGGAGAAGAUAAAAAAGAACCAUCCAGUAUCUCUGCUCACGCUAAUUCUGGUUUUGAAAACAUGUGUGUCAACCGAGGUGAUGGACCCCCGGCCGAAUAUUUUACUGAUAAUGGCGGAUGAUCUUGGGAUUGGUGACCUUGGUUGCUAUGGUAAUUACACGAUGAGGACCCCUAACAUAGAUGGCCUGGCAAGAGACGGUGUGAGGCUAACCCAGAACAUAGCGGCAGAGUCCAUGUGCACCCCGAGCCGGGCUGCUUUUCUUACCGGUCGGUACCCUGUCCGAUCAGGCAUGGCUUCUAACAAAGUAGAUCGUUCUAAAGCUGUGUUCACUAGUCUCGGGGUUCCUGGAGGGCUCCCCAGAAAUGAGACCACAUUUGCCGCCAUCUUGAAGACAAAAGGAUAUCACACUGGAUUAAUAGGCAAAUGGCACCAGGGCUUGAAUUGCAAAUCUCGAUGGGACCAUUGCCACCACCCUAUGAACUAUGGCUUUGACUAUUACUACGGCAUGCCUUACACACUCACCUCUUCUUGCUGGCCGGACCCGUCUCGGCACAUGGAGUUGUCCAUUGGGAACAAGCUCUGGCUAUGCAUGCAGCUGGUGGCUGUGGCUGUGGUCACUCUGGCCGCCGGAAAGCUGACUGGCCGGAUCUCCGUUCCCUGGAGCCUCAUCUUCGGCAUGAUUCUGUUCAUCUUCCUCCUGAGCUACUUUUGGUUCUCCAGCCUCUCGUCCAAACUCUACUGGAAUUGCCUCCUUAUGCGAGGUCACGAAAUCUCAGAGCAGAGCAUGAAGGCACAGAGAGCUGGCUCCCUAAUGCUGCACGAGGCGGUGUCUUUCAUUGAGAAAAACCGCGGGGGUCCGUUCCUGCUCUUUUUCUCCUUUCUUCAUGUCCAUACCCCUCUUCCGACCACAGAGGACUUCAUGGGCACCAGCCAGCACGGUUUAUAUGGUGACAACGUGCAGGAGAUGGACUACUUGGUGGGUCACAUCCUGGAUGCCAUUGAGGCCAAUGGUUUGCAUAACAAAACCAUUGUCUACUUCGCCUCAGACCACGGAGGACACUUGGAAGCCAGAAAAGGACAUGUUCAGUAUGGAGGAUGGAAUGGAAUCUUCAAAGGUGGUAAAGGAAUGUCAGGGUGGGAAGGUGGAAUUCGUGUUCCAGGAAUCUUCAGAUGGCCAGGGGUGUUAGAAGCUGGAAAGUUGAUCAAUGAGCCCACAAGUCUAAUGGACAUCUUACCCACCCUGGCUUCACUGGUUGGUGCACCUCUGCCUCAGGACAGGGUGAUUGAUGGCCGAGAUCUCAUGCCCUUGCUGAAGGGUGAGACCCAGCACUCGGAGCACGAAUUCCUGUUUCAUUACUGUGGCACGUACCUCCACGCCGUGCGGUGGAAACCAAAAGACAGUGAUGUAGUUUGGAAAGUCCAUUAUGUGACACCGACAUUUAAUCACAAAGGGGAGCAAGCCUGCUAUGAAACAAUAUUCUGCCAGUGUACAGGUGAAAAUGUCACUCACCAUGACCCGCCUUUGCUUUUUGAGCUCUCCCGAGACCCAGCUGAGUCCACUUCACUGUCCAGGGACACGGAGCCCUUGUAUGACUUGGUGGUAGCCACAGUGGAGGAUGCUGUGAAGCAACACCGUGAGACCCUCACCCCAGUCCCCCAGCAGGUGUCUGACUACAACGAAGACAUUGUGUGGCUUCGACCAUGCUGUGGAGUAUUUCCAUUCUGUCUCUGUGAUAAGGAGAGUGGAAACGAAGAGUUCAGCUCUUAA